CACAGCAGAGGCUUCUGCUUUCCCCUAGUGUCCUCUCUCCCAUUUUCUUUCUACGACUUUAGAAAACCGUCUGUGUCUGCUGAGAGAAUCACUUGCCUUAUAGUCUCUGAGCUCCUUCAUCUUACCAGGCCUGAGUGAUGUUGACUCUGAGGGAGAGGGAGUAUUAACAGAAAAGUUUUCUCAUUUCCUUCUUGAAGGGGUGUGUCUUGGACUUGCCUGCCAGGAAGGGCACCGCGGUACACCAGAAGUUGAUGGAUCAGUGAACCCAUCUGCACGCCAGAAAGUGGCUGAGGGUCAGAAAUCACUAUGGUCUUGCAGACAGCCUGAGGAGUGAAGGAGCCACCAAGUGCGCCAGAUGGAGGGCCCUCCUGAGCUAUGAUUCCAAGAGAGGAGUCGCCAGGCAUACACGGUGCACCUGCCACUGGUCGGCUGGCAGACUGAGAACCACCCCGUUAAUACUCAGUCCUGGGAUAAGAAGAGAGACCUGCUGACUAUGAGGACUCAGGUCGUUGGGCUCAUCUUUCUGCUCACAAUCACAGAGGACAGUGAUGGCUUCUUGGGGAACAAUGAUAGUCUCAAAACAGGAGAAGAACUCAUUAUAAGGAGGAAGAAGCAUCCAGUCCAAGAAUAUCAGUUGUUGCUUCAGAUGACCUAUAGAAACUCCAAAGAAAAAGAAGACUUGAAGCAUUUUCUGAAGCUCUUGAAGCCGCCAUCGUUAUGGUUACGUGGGCCAAUGAAGAUUAUCGGAGCAAAGGCCACAACACACUGUAGUACUCAGAAUGGUGUCCUGCAAUGUGUCUGUGAAGAUGGCUAUAACUGGUUUCCUCCCUCGUGCCUUGAUCCCCAGAAAUGUGCCCUUCAAACAGUCGGGUCACUCCAGAGCUGUAAUUGUCAUUUCAACAACCUCACCCAGAGUGUCAAUUUCUGUGAAAGAACAAAGGUGUGGGGAACUUUCAGAAUUAGUGAAAGAUUUACAAAGGAUCUUUUGGAUUCAUCUUCUGCUUUAUACUCCAACUAUACAAAUGGAAUUGAAACGCAACUUAAAGAAGUGUACAAAAUUAUUCAAGGAUUUGAAUCUGUGCGAGUUUCUCAAUUUCGAAAUGGGAGCAUUAUUGUUGGGUAUGAAGUCGUGGGUUCCAGUAGCGCAUCUGAGCUGCUGUCAGCCAUGGAACAGGUGACGGAGAAGGCAAAAGCAGGUCUUCAGAAGUUAUUCCCAUUAGAAGAUGAGUCUUUCAGAAUAUUUGGAAAAGCCCAGUGCAACAGCAUUGUUUUCGGGUUUGGGUCUAUGAGCGAUGUAUAUUAUCUUCCCUGUAGCCCUGGCUACACUGGAAGCAUCACAGCCAGGUGCGGACCCUCUGGCUGGCAUGUUCUCAAAGAAACAUGUGUGCUCCAUCAGCUGGAAGAAAUAAAGAAGAGUUUCAGUGUAAUUGCAAGCAAUGUUACCGAGACAGCCAUGUCGUCUUUGGUGAGAAAUCUUUCAACCAUCAUUAAGCAAAACCCAUCAACCACAGCUGGGAAUCUGGCUUCUGUGGUGUCUAUUCUGAGCAAUGUUUCAGCCCUGUCUCUGGCAAGUCUUUUGAGGGUGUCCAACUCAACAAUGGAGGACAUAAUUAACAUAGCUGACCAUAUCCUUAAUGCAGCAUCAGUAACCAAUUGGACAGUAUUACUAAAGGAAGAAAAACAUGCCAGCUCGCAGUUACUAGAGACUUUGGAAAACAUCAGCACUCUGGUACAUCCAGCAGCUCUGCCAUUGAAUUUUUCUCGAGAAUUUAUUAACUGGAAAGGGAUUCCAGUCUCUGAAAGCCAAUUUAAGAAGGGAUAUAGUUACCAGACUGAACUGUUACCCAAAAAUACCUCCACUCCCAUCAGAGGGCGUGUGUUAAUUGCAUCAGAUCAAUUCCAAACGUCCCUUCCAAAAACUAUUGUCAGCAUGGCAUCAUUGACACUUGGAAAUAUUCUUCCUAUCACUAAAAAUGGAAAUACUCACAUCAAUGGACCUGUGAUAUCAACAGUCAUUCAAAACUACUCCAUCAAUGAGAUUUUCCUGAGUUUUUCCAAGAUGGAGUCCAAUCUGAACCAACCCCGUUGUGUGUUCUGGGAUUUUAGCCACUUGCAGUGGAACGAUGAAGGUUGUCACCUGGUGAACGAAACUCAAGAUGCCGUGACAUGCCGAUGUACUCACCUGACUUCCUUUUCUAUAUUGAUGUCGCCCUCUGUCCCUCCUGCCAUCAUUCCUGUUGUAACAUGGAUCACGCUUGUGGGACUGGGCAUCUCCAUCACAAGUCUUGUCUUAUGCUUAGUUAUUGAGGCUCUCUUCUGGAAGCAUGUCAGGAGUAAUCAAACAUCUUAUACACGCCAUGUUUGCAUGGUGAACAUAGCCUUGUGCCUUCUGAUUGCUGACAUCUGGUUUAUUGUGGCUGCGACUGUGGACACCACUGUAAGCCCUGCUAGUGUCUGCAUCGCUGCAGUCUUCUUUACACACUUUUUCUAUCUCUCUUUGUUCUUUUGGAUGCUCACCCUUGGCUUCCUUCUGUCUUAUCGGAUUGUUCUUGUGUUUCAUCGUGUGACCACUUCCUUGAUGAUGGCCGUGGGGUUCUGCUUGGGAUAUGGGUGCCCUCUUAUCAUAUGUGUUGUCACAAUUGCAGUUACACAACCUACCAAUGGCUACAAGAGAACAGAUGUGUGUUGGCUUAACUGGUCAGAAGAAAGCAAACCUCUUCUAGCCUUCUCUGUUCCUGCACUCACUAUUGUGGCGGUGAAUUUAACUGUGAUUCUACUAGUUCUCAUGAAGCUCUGGAGGCCUGCUAUUGGAGAAAGACUCGCCAAAGAUGACAGGGUCACUGUCACUCGAAUGGGCAAGAGCCUCCUCAUUCUCACCCCUCUGCUGGGACUCACUUGGGGCUUUGGCAUAGGAACAAUGGUGGACAGCCAGAAUCAGGCUUGGCAUAUUAUUUUUGCAUUUCUCAAUGCAUUCCAGGGGCUUUUCAUCUUGUGUUUUGGAAUGCUCAUGGAUAGUAAGAUGCGACAAUUGCUACUUCACAGAUUGUCUCCUUUAAGCUCUCUGAAGCAACUAUCAAAGGAAGGAUCGCAAUGAUGCACAAAGAGCAAUGGACCAGAUAAAGGCUCGUCAGAAUGCUGGAGAACCCAGACCGGGAUAGAUACAUAGAUGUAUCUCCUGCCAUGUAGGAGACACAGCCAUCCACUGAAAGACAAGAAGAAAGGUGUUGACACAAACAGCUUGAAAUGAACAAUGAAAAUUGAAAAGUUGCCUGACGGGGAUGGAAGAAGUCUAUGAUAUUUUCUCCAAAGACCGUACUUCAAGUCCUCAUAAUACUGUGAUGUGAUCUUUCAAAAUCCUCAUAAUACUGUGAUGUGAUCUUUCAAAAUGUUUUUCCUGCUGAGAGCUUGGUGGCUUCUUGGUUCUCCCUUUGUCCCCAACCACAGUCUCUGUCACUCUUAACCAAGAAACCAACUCUGAUGCCCACUACAGACUCUCCCUUCAGAGAGAAAGGAUUUAGUUUUAGUUUUUGUGACUUAAGUCCUGUUAUUUGACCAACAACUUAAACCAAUAUAACUUUACAUAUGUGAAGAAGCUACCUUUGAAAUAAAUGUACAUUUGAGAUCAGACCAUA